GCCCUGGCGCUCAGCUGUUUACCAUUUGUUAUGAAAUUUUGGUUAAAUUGCCGAAAAGAAAAUGCUGCGUUUGCUAACAAAAACCAGAUUCGCAAGGCCGUUGGCCCCGGCGUCUAGUGUUUCUGCCGGCUGUCCGCGUUUUUAUGCCCAGAAGGUGACCAAUGAAGACCAGAAGCAGGAGGAGGGAGCGAUCAGCAAUGAGCCCAUACAGUUCUUUGGCAGUCAGGCGGCCACCUGGCGAGCACGGGAGACACGCAGUGGUGGUAGCGAUGAAUCCCUAUGGUACCAGCCCUACGUGAUCUCAGCCAGCCUGGCCAUAUUUCUUCUGUAUUUCUGCUGCCUGCGCGAGGAGAGCGACAUUGAUCAGCGGCUGGAGGGAAACCUGUACGACCAUGUGAGCGGCCUGGAGGAGGUGCAGCUGACAGUCAACUACAGGUACAACAAGGAGCACGGGCUGGACACCAAAGAGCAAGAGAAGCGUCUCAUCGAAAUAGGCGUAGAUAUGAAGCAACUGGAUGCCAAAUUGGCCGCCCAAUAGUCUUAAGAUUUGUUCAUUGUGUUUUUCAUUUCGUUAAGUAAGAAAGAUUAUUAAAUUGGUAACAUUUAUAGCGGUUAUUGUCGAA